AUGACCAGUAGACAUACUCGGAGCAACGCACAAGGACCAUUGCAUCAGCUCACCAACGAAGAACUAGCGAGAUUAAAACGUCAGAACCGUCAACUGCCUAGACCUACAAGCACCAACAUGGGCGAUCAUCAGGAUGAUCUUACUGCUGCGUUUGCACUCAUGCAACAACAGAUGCAGCAGAUGCAGCAAACUAUCCAAGCGAACGCUGCAAACCAACGUAAUGUACCGGAGGAAGCUGAUCAGAUUGGCCAAAGGAAUCUCUUGUGUAAUCUACCUGCUACGCGAUCCGCCAUCAACCCUCCACCUUGCGCUAGACAAGACUUUGAGAUCAAGCCCGCCUUGAUAGGUCUGGUGCAGAGGAAGAUCUUCAAUGGACUUCCUGCAGAAAUUCCGAUGGACCACAUUGAAAACUUUGAGAAGAUGUGUGGGUUCACUAAGGCGAAUGGAGUACCACCAGAUUACAUCAAGUGUACCCUGUUCCCUUUCUCUCUCGAUGGGAAGGCUGCUCGCUGGCUAGAUUCCCUACCCACUGGAUCGCUCACCACAUGGGAACAAGUCAGAUCCGCUUUCUUGAGCCAUUUCUACACGAAGUCAAAGACAGCAGCUCUGAGACAGAAGAUCGCCACCUUUAAACAGCUGGUAGAUGAGCCGUUCUGCGACGCUUGGGAGCGAUUCAACGUCUACCGCAGGGAGUGCCCACAUCAUGGUUUUGAAGAAGACUAUCUACUCGGAGUGUUCUAUGAUGGAGUAGGUUGGGAGUACAGGAAUGCUUUAAACUCAGCCAGUAAUGGAAAUUUCAUGACCCAAUCCACUCAAGGCGCUUUCGCGCUGAUUGAGAACAUGGCCUCAAGCUCAGCUGACAGCAACCGAGAGACUGACCGCACCCAAAAGGUGAACAGCAUCGACAAUAGCAAAAUAGAUGAGCUCUCUGCCAAGGUCGAUCAACUGAUAAAGAUUAAUCAAAACCAUGUCUUCAUCAUGGAAGAAUCCCCUCAGGAUAAAGGAACCACAGACACUACAUCAGAAGCAGACCAGGCGACUGAGGACCAUCAUGAGGUUAGCUAUGUGAAUGGACAAGGAUGGCAGUUCAAGAACUACCACCCGAACCCUAACAUGAGGAACAACCACCACCUGUUCAACAACCCUAAACCCGAUGGUAACGCAGAAAAUGCUCAAGGCAAUCAGGUUCAGAACAGUGGCUACCAACGGGGGUAUGGAAAUCAAGGAAGAACAUUUGUCCUCAGCCCAGCUCAGAAUACUCAGUUCCACAACCAGAAACAACCGACUAACCAGCAGCCUGCACAGCCUGCUCAAACUGCUCCACAAGACGAGAUGAAGAGUCUUGCCAAUAUGAUGAGCCAGCUGCUCCAAGGACAGCAGAUCCAGGGAAAAGCACUGAAUCAGGUCACAAACGACAUCAAUACCCGAAUGAAUCACAUGUUCAAUGAUCUGAGUGCCAAAUAUGAUAAUGUCUCGAGCCAUAUGAGGCAGAUGGAUAUUCAGAUUGCUCAGACUGCUGAGAGUGUGAAGAGACAGCAAGGCACUCUUCCUGGAAAAACAGAUAAAAAUCCCAAGGAGUGCAAUGCAGUCGCGCUUAGGAGUGGGAAGCAGUUAACUGAUCUGACACCCAAGAGAUUCACAACAGCUGAAAAGGGAAGUAGAAAGAAGCAGCCUACUGUGGUUGUUCACCCAGCUGCAGAACCUGUACCCACCCAUGACUAUGUGCCUAAGGUUCUGUACCCUGUUCCUGCUAAGGCCACACGCAAGGACAAGGAGGAGAUGAAAUGUAGGAAGAUGCUGGAAGACUUAACAGUCAGACUCCCUCUCAUGAGUGCAAUCCAGAUGAUGACAUCCAUGAGUAGCUUUGUGAAAGGACUUAUUUCUGGAAAGAUAACCGAUGACAGUGAGUUCAUGGUGGUCUCAAAAGAGUGCAGCGCUGUUCUCCAGAACAAAAGGAUCAAGAAACUGGGUGACCCUGGAAAAUUUGUCCUAUCCAUCCAAAUAGGGAGAACAGUCUUCUCAUGUUCGCUAGUCGAUCUGGGAUCAAGCAUCAACCUCAUGCCAUACUCUGUGGCUAAGCGCCUUGGAUUCACGGAUUUCAAACCUACCAGGAUGUCCCUAGUGUUUGCUGAUCGCUCAGUGAAAUCUCCGGUCGGAUUUAUCGAGGAUAUCCAAGUUCUUGUUGGGAACACGCUUGUCCCUGCCGAUUUCGUUGUUUUGGAACUCGAGGAAGAGUCAAAGGAUCCUCUGAUCCUAGGCAGACCAUUCCUAUGCACUGUCGGAGCUAUCAUAGAUGUGCGACAAGGAAAAAUCGACCUCCACCUAGGAGACAUUGUGAUGAGGUUCGAGAUGAAUCAGAUGCUCAAGAAACCUAUGCUGGAUGGACAAACCUUCACUGUCCAAGAGGAGGGUGAUCCGCUGGAACCAAGUGAUCAGAUGAUUGAGGAGAUCAGAUGA